AUGAAAAUCCCUUCCAUUUUCAAGAACAAAGAAGCAAAGCAUCCAUGGCAGUGGCACUCAUGCAAGCAACAGCCCAAAACACAUUCUUUUCGAGCAGACGACGAAAUUUUCAAGACCGUUAACUCGGUUUUCUCCGACCCUUCCAGCAGGGUUGGAACUCCGAAAUCUUGCUCUACAUAUUCCGGGGACGAUCCUGGAGGUGAAUCAGUAGAGAUGAUCAUUCGUGGGGUGCAAUCCGAGAGGUUGAUUUUUGAGCCAAGCAACACGAGUUCAUCAAUCUUAGACGAGGCGAAAAUGAGUGGAGUUUUACCAUUGAAGGAGAGUAUAGUACUAGCAAUAGAGUCAGAUGAUCCUUACAUGGAUUUCAAAAAGUCCAUGGAGGAAAUGGUUGAGACUCAUGGGUUGAAAGAUUGGGAAUGCUUAGAGGAGUUGUUAGCAUGGUAUUUGAGGAUGAACGAGAGGACGAACCAGGGAUUCAUAGUUGGAGCAUUCAUCGAUUUGCUUAAAGGACUAGCAUCUUCUUGCUCUAAUUCGACAAAUUCGCGUUCCACAGCGAUUUCGCUGCUGCUGGGUGAUUUCCCUGCCAGCGAAAUCGCUGCUGGGUUCCCAGCAGCAGAGAUUCUGCUGCUGGGAGCAACGAUUUCGCUGUCGGGAAAGCGCUUUCCCGGCAGCGAUUUUGCUGCCUUCUAG